AUGCCCGUCGAACUGCGCAAGCGCAAGGCGCCGCAGCCACCGCCUGCGCCGGCACCAGCUCCCAAAAAGGCCACCAAAGCUGGUAGACCUCCCAAGGCGAAGAAGCCUGAGCCUGCGGCGAAAAAGGAGGACGAGAAAAAACCUGCUGCUGCUGCUGCUGCUGCGCCGGCGAGCAGAAAGAUUGCCGUCGGAGAUGUCAUUGACUUGGAUGACUUUGGCGGCGAGAUCCAGACCAAUGAUGGCGAGACGACCACGUUGAAGAAGCUGCUUGAGGAGAGUGGAAGCGGUGUGGUGUUGUUUACCUAUCCCAAGGCAUCUACCCCUGGCUGCACGAACCAAGUCUGCCUCUUUCGCGACUCCUACACGCCGCUUACUGCCGACGGUCUCGCCAUCUACGGCCUCAGCGCGGACUCGCCCAAGGCGAACACUACGUUCAAGGAAAAGCAGAAGCUUCCGUAUCCCUUGCUGUGUGAUCCGCAGGCUACUCUCAUUGCCGCCAUUGGCUUGAAGAAGCAGCCUAAGGGGACGCAGCGUGGUGUGUUUGUGGUUGAUAAGAAGGGCAAGGUGCUUGUUGCGGAGCCGGGCAGCCCUGCUGGGACGGUGGACAAGGUGAAGGCUUUGGUGGAGGAGUUGAAGAAGUAA